AACAGUUUCCCGUGGCACUGUCGUGGCCACCAGCUAUUACUCACACUCACUUCACCGAGUGAGAUUCUGCAGAUUUGAUGCAUUUUUUCUUAAACACCCACCAAAACGAUGUUGAGCUUUCUAGCUUCAUCAUUAUUAGCUAUAAGCAUCAUCUGCUCGGUUGAUCCCGGCCUGGCAGGUCCCCUAGAUGCGCUCAACUGGGCCCGAAUGGACAACAUCAACCUUCCCUGGUUGCCAUAUGAGAAUAUGACACGAUGUUACGGCGAUUUGGGCUGUCUGAACAUCACCAAGGAAUGGUACCACCUGAUCUUCCGACCGUUUAAUGUGUUUCCACUACCGCGGAGUGUCAUCAACACACGCUUCAUCUUGUACACCGAAAAGAACCCAACCGAUGGACAACUAUUACAGGCGGAAACGAAAGACACCAUCAUGAAGUCACACUUCAAUCCGGACUGGGCGACCAAAUUCAUCAUACACGGGUUUAUCGACACACCGCUCUCGAACUGGGUGUCUGAGAUGCGCGACGAACUCAUCACCCGUGGAAGUCUGAACGUGAUCGUGGUAGACUGGGCAGGUGGCUCGUUGCCUCUCUAUACACAAGCAACGGCCAACACGCGUCUAGUCGGAUUAGAAAUUGCCUAUCUCAUUCGGAAACUGCAAGAGUAUCGAGGACUACAGCCGGAAGAUGUACAUCUGAUUGGCCAUUCUCUAGGAGCACACACGGCAGCGUACGCCGGUGAACGUAUACCGGGGCUGGGCCGUAUAACAGGACUCGAUCCGGCUGAACCGUACUUCCAAGGAAUGGGACCAAUUGUGCGGCUUGAUCCAAGCGAUGCAACGCUUGUUGAUGUUAUCCACACCGAUGGACGAAGUGUGUUCCGGUUAGAGAUUCCAGGUUACGGUAUGUCACACGCCUGUGGCCAUCUAGAUUUCUAUCCUAACAACGGCAAGGAACAGCCCGGUUGCGCGUUGUCACAGGAAGGUGCCGCUACCAUUCCACUGACACUGAUCAAGGAUGGCAUUGAGGAGGCCUCGCGGGUUCUGCUCGCCUGUAAUCAUAUCCGCGCGAUCAAACUCUUUAUUGACAGCAUCAACGGCAAGUGUCCGUAUGUUGCUCAUCGAUGCCCGUCUUAUCAGCAUUUCCUCAGCGGCAACUGUUUCAAGUGCACGUCAGGUAACUGUGCACUGAUGGGCUAUCAUGCCUCGCUGCCCAUCACCACCACCCGACAGAAUGUAUCCGAGAAUGAUGUUAUCAGCGGUUCGUCCAGCGUACCAGUAGCCCCACAACCGGGAAAAUACUUCCUUGCCACGGGACGCGAUUUCCCAUUCUGCCAGCGUCAUUAUCGAUUUACGGUGGAGUUGGCGAAACCGAAGGUAGCUGAACCUUGGGUUCAGGGCCAUCUAACGGCAGGUAUCUUUUCCGAGCGAGGCGCACUGCGGAACAUCGAUCUGACACCAAAAGGGACGGCCCGGUUAGAGCACGGCACAACCUAUCAGGUGGUGGUCACCAACCCGCACGACCUUGGUGAUCGCAUACGGAAAGUUGAGCUGGCCUGGACACAUGACAUGAACGUACUGGAGCCAACCACGUUGUGCCUGUUCUGGUGCAACAGCCAUCUGUACGUGAAAUCGAUACAAGUCGAAACGAUGCAGAUGCCGUCACGAGAGAAACGGAACAUUGAGUACCCGAACAAACUGUGUGCUCCGAAGCGCGAGUACGCCGACAUUGCCAGCCGCGGUUCUUACUCGUUCUACGACAACUGCAAGCGGUAAGGGACGCCUGUCUUACCGCCUCUUCUCACGCCCAGCUCAGCCAGAUUUCAACUCAACUCAGCACCACGCCAGCAGGAGGACACACGCGGCGAAUCGCGGGCCAUAUGUGAUUUUACAACAUUACUGUUCGCGUGGUUAGCCACCCGCCGUGCCUUUCUAGCGUAUAGCGUAACCCACCUGCGUCUCUUGUAGUUGAUUUUCCCUAACCAAUUACU